CAGCCCCCUCCCCACUUCCCGUCCGGCUCGGCCGUUAGCUUCCCCGGACGCGGGCCUCGGGUGCCCAGAGCCCUCUGGCCGCAGCGGAGCUGGAGAAGGCGGAGGCGGAUCGGGAGGAGCCGGCGGGGCGCAUGCUGGGCGGGGGUCCCCAGGGCGCCCCGGCCGGUGGCGGCAGGGGCCACGGCGCAGGCAGCCAAGAUUGCUCACCACCUGCAGCGUCUUUUCGGAGGAGGCGGCUGGCACGGAGGCCGGGCUACAUGAGAAGCGCAGCUGGGCCCAGGAUCGGGUUCCUCUCCCCGCCAGUGGGCGCUCCGUUCCGGGCCCAGGGAGGGGCGUGUGGCAAGGAGUCUCACCACCUUGAGUCCAGGGCCGGCCCGUGUGGCCUUGACCCUGGAGGCCAGUGGCGAGGUCGCUCAGUUGGGAGCCUCAUUCCCAGGAGCACGGCCACCUCGGCUCUGACCGUGGGGCACCGAGGACUGGCUCUGACGGCUGUGAGAGGAAGCCCAGGGCUCCUUGGGGCUCAGCCCCGAGCUGGCACUGCCCUGCCCAAUAGGCUCAGCAGGCUGUGUGGCCCCAGGGCCACUGGCUGUCAAGGGGAGCUGCCGUCCAUGGACACUCGCGAGGCCCUGAGUCCUUGCCGGGAAGCCGGGAACAAAGGCUGUCCAUCCCCGGAGGACACGAGCGACACCAGCUGCAGCCUCGGAAGUGGCCCCCAGGCUCCCGCCGUCCCUGCCAGCUCUCAGGACGUCUUUACCUCCAGUUUUAGUUUCAUUCGCCUCUCCUUGGGCUCUGCUGGGGAACGGGGAGAAGCAGAAGGCUGCCCACCCUCCAGAGAGGCUGAGGGCCCUCAUCAGAGCCUGGAGGAGAUGGAGGCCAAGGCUGCCAGCUCGGGUGGGCCCCACGAUCACCCUCGGCUGCUCUCUCUCCCCUUCACUCUCAAGGCUUCUCAGGGCCUGGCAGACGCUGCCCAGACCUCGGGGGGCAGCCCUGGGCUGGAAUGCCAGACUCUUCCAUUGUUGGACACGGAUGCUGCCUCCUCCUGCUCCCUGGAUCCCUUGUGGGGAUCCACAGCCAGCAGCUCUGCGGAGGCUCAGCGGUGGGACCCCCUGCUCAGCAGGUGUCAGCCUGCGCUGCUGCACUGCCUGCAGGGCCAGCGGAGGCGGCUGGAGGUAAAAUCCUUAAGAUUAAAGCUUCAGAAACUUCAAGAUAAAGCGAUUGAAGAAGAUGAUUAUGAUAAGGCCGAGAUGAUCCAACAAAGAUUAGAAGCCCUGGAGAAGGAGAGAAGCAGCCUGCACUUUCAGCUUCCUUCUCAACAGCCCACCCUCAGCGGCCUCCUGGGCCACCUGGGGGCCCAGGCCCAGGCUUCCCUGCUCUGGGCAGCUCAGAGAGCUGGCGGUGACGACCCCCAAGCCCGGCUGAGAAUAGAUCCAAAGACGUUGGAAGCCGCUGCUCAGGACAGUUUGCGAGUGUCCGUCACCAGGCGAGACUGGCUUCUCCGAGAAAAGCAGCAGCUACAGAAAGAAAUUGAGACCCUCCAAGCCAGGAUGUCUGUUCUGGAAGCAAAAGAUCAGCAGCUGAGACGGGAGAUAGAGGAGCAGGAGCGGCUUCUCCCGUGGCAGGGCUGCGACCUUGUGGGAGGAUUGUCCCUGGGCGAGCUGCAGGAGGUCACCAAGACCUUGCAGGACACCCUGGCCUUGGCCGAGCAGAUUCCCCUCCGUGCAGAGCCACCUGAAACCAUCCGGAGCCUCCAGGAAAGGAUAAAGUCCCUCAGCUUGUCACUUAGAGAAAUCACUGCUAAGGUGUGUAUGAGUGAAAGACUCUGCAGUGCCCUGAGAAAGAAGGUUAACGAUAUUGAAACCCAACUGCCAGCACUGUUUGAAGCCAAAAUGCUUGCCAUCUCAGGAAACCAUUUCUGUACAGCCAAGGAGCUCACAGAGGAGAUCAGAUCAUUAACACUGGAGAGGGAAGGGCUGGAGGGACUUCUUCACAAACUGUUGGUACUGAGUUCCAGGAACGUCCAAAAGCUGGGAAGUGUGAAAGAAGAUUACAGCAGACUCAGGCAAGAACUGGACCAGGGGAGAGCUGCCUAUGAGAUUGAGGAACAGUGGGGGACUGAAUACCAAACUCCAGGUCUGCCCUAAGAAGGCCACCCAACACUGAGAUCCCCCAAUGUCUGGAAUCCUGAGAAUUUGUAGUAACCUUUGGAGGUGAAGUAAUUUCCCCAGUGGAUUAUACAAGAAUCCUCUGAACUUCAAGUUAUGAAAUUCCUAGAGUUUCUCUAGUGUGAUUUUUUCCAAUUUUUAAUUUAUUUCACAGAAUAUCAUAAGGAUAAAAAACAUUUAAAAAAUUGAAUGAAAAAUGUCCACCACAUAGCUUCCAUAGCAGAGCCAGAGUCCCUGGGUGCAUUUUUGGUGUUCCCACCCCGCCUUCCCACCGCUGCCAAUGCCCAGAGUACAUGCAGACCUUUUACACACUUGUACUGAGAGAGUGGGCACCAUCAUACCUUUAUAGCCUUAUGUGGCAAAAAUGAGAGCAUUACAUCACUCAAUCCUCAUUGCUAUACAUUCAGAAAAAUGUAUCAUCCCAUUCUACUGAUGCUGAAACUGAGGCUUAGUGAGCUAAGAGGGCUGUAGAUGGAUGUGGAGAGCUGGAACAUGGCUUACAUCUGUGUGGCUCCAGAGUCAGAAUCAGCACAGAAUUAGAUUUCCUUGUAACACAGAGUUCUAGGUUAGUUUCUAGAACCUUAAUAACAUUCCAAGAAUCAGUAUACCAUGACCUACUUAACUUUCUCCUUGUUUUGAUGUUUAUAACAAUCAUUUUAUAAAUUUCUUUCUGAAGAUAAAGUGAGAUUGGGAUUUCUGGGCCAAAGAGCGCAAUCAUUUUGUGACUUGAUACAUCCUGCAAAGACUUUCAAAAGGAUUACACCCGUUUAGUUGAUACUCCCAUCCAUCCUUCCUACACUAAGUGUUAUUUCUUAAGAAAUUAUGUAGUAUAAUAACAAUAAAAAAUUGUAUUUAAUUCAGACUUUAUUUUGGCAUGUAUUAGACUAAUAAUGAAGUUGAACUUGCUUUUUUGGUGCCUUUAUACUUUUUUCUAUUGUGUAUUGUUCAUAUCUGUUGUUUAUUUUUGGAGAAGGGGCAGGAGGAAAUUUGAUGGUUUCCUUAUCUUUAUAUAAUGUGGUUAUUAUCAUUUUUCCUGCUUGUAUACUUUGUGUAUGUGUGUGAAGUUAACCCAUUAUCAUGAUUAAUAAUGGAACGAAAAGAGAAAUUUUUUAUAGCAGUGAUAACAUGUUGAAGUAGCAGUUUAGAGUGAAUUUUGAAACUUCUUAAGGCUUAGGGUGCAAUAGAUUUAACAAACAACAUAGGUUUUCUUGGGAAAAUGAAUUCUGUUUCCACUCCAUGCAUUAAUAUUCACUGGGCCUGGUCUUUAAAGCUAAUGCAAUAUCAAGGGAACAGCUGUAACUGGGACCAUAAUAAACCAAUCUCAUUUUUAUAAUAAAUCUGUGGAAGGCAUCCUUUUUACGUUUUCACGGCCAUUAAAAUAAAGAAGCUGAGAGAAAUGUGCAGUUUCAUAUCCAUUGCUUUACUUUUUCUGUAUCAUGCAUCUCACAUUGAGUACUUCACCAUAUUUGGCCUUUUACAAAAAUUUGCUGUUUUCUUAAAUGGAUCCAUUAGAAAAACAGCUCCUGCCAAUAGGACUUUUUUUCUUGCCAAGCAUGCUGUUAUUUCAGGGACUAUAGGAGAGUGUCUGUUGGCGCCUGGGGCUGCUGAGGCUGCAGCUGUGGGAGUCAUAGGACUUGGUGAUGGAUGGUGGCCGGGUGGGAAGAGGGCUGCACGGGAUGACCUUGUAGACUGUCUCCAGCUUUUCGUGGAGAGGAGCUGGGUCUGUAACAGCUCCUGCUCCUCUCUCCACAGAUAAUACCAGUGCAGGGCAUUAAGUCAAAGGUCCUUUUCCAUGGACCACGUGGCAUCACUGUAAAUUGCUAUGACGGGUUUACGAAGGCACCGCCUUGCUGGUUGCCACCGUUGGGUAUCAGAUUCCCCACCACCCCAACCACAUCUUCCUAUGGUUUUUGCUGUGGGUUUCUUUCCUCCAUCUUUCAGAUAUUCCCACACCCUCAUCCACCCAAGUGCACACUCCCUGUCUCUCUUCUGGGUAUCACCCGGACAAUCCUUUGACCUGCUAAAUUUCCCGUGGUCUCCGCAUGCUCUGGAUACCUUAUAUGAUGCACUCCCACACCUCUCCAGGACCAGCUCCUCUGAGGUCUCUGUGAGGAUGCCCUCCAGCAGCAGAACCCACCGACUUACCUCUCUGUAUACUCUGUGUCCUCCUUGACCUUGUAUUUCUAUCCCUUGACUUUUUCUUCUGGCCCUGCCUGGAGCUUGGCUUGAUACUCGGAAAGGGAUCAUUGUCCCCACCCACCUCCAAUGUUCCAUGAUUAUUCAUUCCAUUUUGCCAUGUUUAAUGGAAUAUUUAACAGCAUCUAUGAAGAAGGUUGAAGACUAUAAAUAAACGCUCUCUUUGGUAUUGAAAGGGUUUUAUACAAUAUAAAAUUUAGAGCACAUUUUCCUCAGGAGCCCUGACAUUAAUAUUCAUCAUGAGCCCCAAAGAAGAAGCUAUUAUAUUUUAGCAUAAUGAAGUUUACCAUAUGUUUCAAAGUCACUUGCAAUUGUGCUUCUCAUCAUGACAAUUAGAAAGGUCAUCUUGUCUUGCCAGGCUGUGUUAGAUACAUCACCCAGCUCAUGGCUGUCAGUGUGUGCACAUACAUACGGGGAAGAUAAGAUGCUUCUUAUAAAAAAGCAUUGCUGUUUUCAUCUAAUUGCAAACACUAAACAUGCCUGUUGUUUGGCCUCAGAUGAUAUGUGGACACAGAGAUGGAAACAUCUAAAGCAAAUCCCCUUUUGUGCUCUCUGUGACUAAAGUAUAUGAGGUUAAUUUUCCUUCCUUGAAGCAUGAUGGUGAUGAGGCCUCUCAAACCUUGGGUAGACAAAUUUGACAGCAAGACAAUAGUUUGUUUCUUAAAAAUGGACUUUUUUGCCUUUCUUAACAGUAUGGCAACAAUAUUAUAUUUAAUUCUCCAUGUAUGAACUUGGAUGACAGGAUGAGGAGAAGGAGAGAGGUGGUGAUGAGGCUUCUUAUGGAGCUUGUGGAGGAACAAACAUACAUUAGAAUUAAAGCAGGUAAUUCUUAGGAACCUGAGAAUGCAAUUGGAGGAAUUGGUCACAGGAGCUGAUGCUGGAAAAAUGGUCCUUCACCAUUGUCUACUAAUAUUAUUGCUGUUGAUUUAGCUGAGGCUUGGCCUAAGGUCAUAUCCCUUCCAGACAGCAGAGCCUGGCACGAGCCAAGUCUGUUUCCCUCGUCAGGCCCACGGGAUUGAGUCAAUUCCUAGGCAGGUUGAUAAGAAGUCCAGGGAUCUAAAAGGAGAGAGGGGUCUGGAAUUCUCAAGGAGGAGGAAAGGCCAAACUUUUUUUUUCCCCUCUACAUUCCUUAGUCUUAGUCACAUAAAACGUUUUUAUCUUUAAGUCUUGAACUAAUGGUUACACAACAAACAACUCAGUUCAAACUCUGUACUAAGGAGUAUAUAACAACAAUGUAUCCUGCUUGAGGACAGUUUCUCCUUCCUGAAAACCUUCUGGCUAAUCCUGUCAUCUUAAAA